AUGAAGCUCCUUCUUAUGCUGUUGAAGCAUCCUUUACGCUCCCUUAUCUUCUCCUAUUCCUUCUUUACCCAGAUCCUGCUGCUACUCCUGCGACGGGCCUUACUUCCACACUUCCCGAUAUACCAGUCUCUUAGGAUACAAAUUUUUCGAGCGUAUCUGGCAUCAGCCGCGCUAACCUUCCCCGACCUGACCCAUAGGCUUCCAGUGGGCAGAUUGUCUCUUCGACGAGCUCGCAAGAUAGAUGAAUCCGUCCCCGCUUACUUGAUCCCUGGCUCUCGGGAUCUUUCCGAAUUUGUCCUGCCCACGACAAAACAGCAACAAUGUGUGGUGAUUUAUGCCCAUGGCGGUGGCUACGCGCGCGGCGAAGCGAGAAUGUAUGUCAACUACAUGGAGCGAUGGGUCCGAGAAGCACGCAAAGCCAAUCUUGACCUCCUCUUCCUGAGCGUUGAAUAUCCAUUGUCCGUCAAAGAGAGUCAUCCGGCACAGAGGAAUGCAUUCCUCGAAGUCUACAGAUAUGCUCUCGACAAGAAUAUUAAGCCUGAAAAUGUUGUUUUUAUGGGUGAUUCAGCUGGAGGUGGAGCAAGCGUUCUUGCUGGGCUGGAGCUCAAAGGUCACAACCUUCCGCAGCCUGCGGCAACGGUCCUGAUAUCGCCAUGGCUUGAUAUGAACGGGAAGGCCUACGAAGGAGGGAACGGCGCAGUCGAAACUGAUUACUUCAUAGUGGCUAAUCAAGCCGUUCCAGCACUCGUCAAGCUAUUCAUAGGCGAUAUUCCUGCCGAUUCACCGGAGGUCAACCCUCUUUAUCAUCAGCCCGAAGCGCUUGCAGGGUUGAGCCCGCAGUUGAUCUUGACUGGAGGAGCGGAGUUUGCUCGAUAUGACUCUGAAAAAUGGGCCGAGCUGUGUCGCGCUGCAGGAGUGGAAUGCAAGUUGGUCAUCGAAUGGGCUCAAUUGCACAUCUAUGCAGUCGGAUCGAAGUUCAUCUCCCCGGCUGUUCGCAAGAAAACCGAUGGUCUGAUCAUCCAGUGGAUCAAGGAUCAUGUGCGGGCGUCAGAAAAGACAAUUGAUGGCUCCACAUCCACGGACGUCUGA